AUGAGCCAGGCCGAAAGGAAUCGCAAGGCGGGAUCCAGAUGCAAGAUGCGAAAAGUCGCGACUACUACUACCUUGAUGAUGACUGUGCUGGCGAGCCUUUCUUCGUUCCUGUCUAACCUGGUCAGGCUGGUCUUCACUUGGGCUCAUUUCUCCGACUUAACGCGCGAGUAUCAUGAUGCGAGAGACAGUCGGCGAACUGUCAUCUUGAAUAACAAGAUGCACGCACAGGGGAGAACUCACAUCCAUGGAGGAACCUUGAACUAUAUUUGGGGCAUUUUUAAACGCUCCCAGGGUACACGUACCGUACGCGUGGAGUCGCGUCCUCCACUUCUUAGCAGCACCAAAAAUGCCACCCAAGUCAGCGCCAAAGGUAUGUAUCUUGGUCGGCCCGCUUCCAGCCUCGAUGAUGUCGAGAACGUGAAACCAGAGCAACCAGCCAAGAAAAGCAGAAAGCUAAGCACGAAGUCGAAAAAGAAGGAUGUCGGCAGCUGCUCUCUGACGAAGAAGGAGAUUGGAGACAAUGUCAAAUCCGCAUUGCGUCUCGAAAAAUACUCCAUUUCGAAGAUGCACUUUGAGCCCGACAAAGACCUUACUGUGAUGCAGAUGCAAAUGGAUAUGCAAUUCUUCCGCCACUUCUUCGUGGAUAAUGAAAAUCUUACACAGCCGCUGACCUUUAUGCCCUCCGAGUUCAAUGAAGAUACGGCAAUCGUGGUCGUGGAGAUGGACAGACUGCAAGCGGGUGAAUUGCUUGGCGUGAGCAAAACUCUGCGUUAUCUUUCGCCCAAAAGAGGGAAGAACGACAGUGUAUAUCAGUCCAGAGGAAAACGUUGGGUGGUAAGGAGUUGGAGUAAGGACAAUGCUCCAGAAAUGAUCGAGACUUUAGGAAAAGACUUCGAGGAGAUGCAACUUGAUGAGGCGUAUGGGAAGGAGGAGUGUUGUGUAUCUUUUGCAGAGUCCUUAGGUUACUGGAGGUUGACAGGGAAGACUUUGAAGGAUGUAGAUCAUCUGAUUGGUGUGACGAAUUUCAUAAAGUGGACGACUACCUCCAAGAUUAACAGCGCACCAGUUCAACAUGCCGAGAUUCGCUUAGCCAAACUCAAGUUUCUGGACCUCAUAUUCAUCUUCAGCACACGACUGGGUUCAUCGUACCCGCUGAAUUCGAACAUCUAUGUUUCAGUGAAUACCUGUUGCUUGUUGUCGCGGUAUCGUCGUGGUUUAAUUUCCCGUCUUCAGAUUGCCAAGCAGUCAGCUGACUGUUGGACAGAUUCUUCCGCCACAACGCGUCUUCGCCGCAUGUAUCUUGGAAUACCCAACAUACUUCACUUCAUCAAGACAUGUGGACACGACACUUCCACGGGUGUCGAACGAGCACACCAACCCUAUGCAAACUCACCUGGCACCGCCCAGUACCUUUUGGAAACCUACAGCUUUAUCGCUUCUUUAGCAAUAGCAAAUCUUGGGACGUCGCUCGUCGCUGGACUCAAGAAGAAUUCGACAAGGUCAAAGAGUUGCAUGCCCGUGGCGCUCACCCCAAGACCAUUGCUGAACAGCUUCAUCGUUCGAUUGCGGCACGACGGAUUGCUCGACGCGCAAGCUGCCACCACACUGCCAACAAGCAGAAGGCGUCUUUGGACUUCGGAGGAAGAUCUGCUCUUGAAAACGCUUCGUGGGAAGGGCGAGACAUAUCGCGCGAUGGGGAAUGCUUUGGAACGCAGUGCGUCUGCAGUUAAUGGGAGGCUUACCAAACUGGGUCUAACCACCCCUGUGAAGAAAACGAGGCGGCGGGUUUAUCGAAAACGAUCACAGGCUGAAUAUGAGCGCGCGCUGGAAUUACGAGCAGCAGGCAGGACGACCGCGGAAAUUUCGCGGAUUCUUGAUCUUAAUUAUCAAACUGUCUACCAAUGGCUACAGGAAAGGACUCAUGUCCGAUUAAGUAUCGAGGAAGCUGGAAAGAUUCGGGACAUGCGCAACCGAGGCGCAAAUAUUGCGCGAAUUUGUGCAGCACUGCCGAACCAUCCAUUCAACACUAUCCAAACCUACGUGAAAAAGCUCCUCCGAGCAGGCCUCGUUGCGAGGCGAAUUAAGCCGUGGUCGGACGAGGAAAUUCAGAAGCUCGAACAGCUGCGAAAAGAUGGUGCAUCAGUCGAAAAAAUGGUUGACCAGCUACCUGGCCGAAGCACACGGGCACGUCCUUCUAUGCUUUUCUGA